AUGGAUUUACUACAUCCCUCUGUGGAAGAGGAAAAGAGAAAAAAAAAAAAAAAAGCUAAAAUGAGAUGGCUAGUUCAAAGUCCAAAUUCAUAUUUUAAAGAUGUAAAAUGUUCAGGUUGCUACAAGAUUACCACAGUGUCUCUUUGUGUAGGUUGUUCAACGGUGUUGUGCCAGCCCACAGGAGGAAAGGCCAGAGUCACAAAAGGACUUUCAUUUAGAAGAAAACAACACUAUUGA